UGCAGGAUUUCCGCUGAGAUCCCGGAAGAAAGCUAUUCCUGCCACUUUAAUCUCGUGAUCCUUAGCUGUGCUGCACUUCUGGAAACCGCAUAGGGAUCUAGCAAAAUAUGGCUGCGGAGGACCCCGCCACGCGACGAGUCCAAGUGGCAGAACACCCCAGAUUGCUGAAGCUAAAAGAGAUGUUCAACUCUAAGUUUGGGUCCACACCCAAGUUUUAUGUUCGAGCCCCAGGAAGAGUGAACAUAAUAGGUGAGCACAUAGAUUACUGUGGGUACUCUGUUCUCCCCAUGGCUGUGGAGCAGGACAUGCUAAUAGCUGUGGGACCUGUGAAAACCCAGACUCUCCAACUGGCCAAUACAGACCCCUUGUAUCCAGACUUCAGUACUACAGCUAAUAACAUCUGUAUCGACAAGACCCAACCUCUAUGGCACAACUACUUCCUAUGUGGAUUUAAGGGAAUUCAGGAACACUUUGGUCUUACUCAGCUGCCUGGAAUGAAUUGCCUGGUGGAUGGAAAUAUACCCCCGAGUUCAGGCCUCUCCAGCUCCAGUGCUCUGGUUUGCUGCGCUGGGUUAGUGACUCUCACAGUGCUGGGAAUGAGACUAUCCAAGGUGGAACUUGCAGAAAUCUGUGCCAAGAGUGAGCGUUACAUAGGCACCGAAGGCGGAGGCAUGGACCAGUCCAUAUCAUUUCUUGCAGAAGAAGGAACUGCCAAGUUAAUAGAAUUUAGUCCUCUGAGAGCGACUGAUGUGAAGCUCCCCAGUGGAGCAGUCUUCGUGAUUGCCAACAGCUGUGUGGAAAUGAACAAGGCAGCCACUUCACAUUUCAACGUCAGGGUGAUGGAGUGUCGGCUGGCGGCAAAGGUCCUUGCUAAACACAAAGGCUUGCAAUGGGAUAAAGUCCUGAGGCUAGAGGAAGUACAAAGCGAACUAGGAAUUAGUCUGGAAGAGAUGCUAUUGGUCACAGAGGAUGCCCUUCAUGCAGAACCCUACUCAAGGGAGGAGAUCUGUAAGUGCCUGGGAAUUAGCCUGGAGGAACUCCGCACCCAAAUCCUGAGUCCAAAUACUCAAGGCGAACUCACCUUCAAGCUCUACCAGCGGGCCAAGCAUGUGUACAGUGAGGCUGCACGUGUGCUGCAGUUCAAGCAGGUGUGCGAAGCAGCACCAGACAACGCCGUCCAGCUGCUGGGCGAGCUGAUGAACCAGAGCCACAGAAGCUGCCGGGACAUGUAUGAGUGCAGCUGCCCGGAAUUGGAUCAGCUAGUGGACAUCUGCCGGAAGGCAGUGGCGACAGCGCUUCUCAGUUCUUUGGUCUGGAUUGGUCGAGCACUUCAUUCCUCGUGCAUGGCUCCAAGGACGCGUGGCAAGCCACUCCAUGGGGAAGGAGCCAUUUGGGGACAAAUCAAAUUGUUCUCUUCUGGAUGUCACAACUGCUGUGGUUGGGCUGUACCAAACCAAGACUGAGAGAGAUAUCCUAUAGACCUCAAAUCAGGGGCCUGGAGUCCUUGUAGCAGGAUAGAGUCAGUCACAGAAGUGGUGGGGCCCAAUUAUAGAUGAAGAAAUUGAAAAAUUGAAGAAGUCUUCUAAUUGAAUCAUUGCCAGACAUGGCAGCCAGCCACAGACAACACGGACGGGAAGGCAGAGACUGUCACAGUAAACACUCCACCUGAUAUAUAGGUUUUCUUUUCUUUCAUCAAGUCUUAGAGUAGAAUGCCAAUGCACAAACCAAGGGCUUCAGUAUCAAUAGCAGCUUCACUAUGUAACGCAAAUAAAUAAGAGUAAUGUCCUGA